AUGCUGCUCUCACUUUUGAACAGCCCGGUCCUAAGCGCCUUGAAUUUUGCUGGCAAGUUCCAGAGGCUGUAACGUAGCUUUGCCCACAAUCGCAGGCUGACAACUAAACUUUAUCCCAAAGGCAUUUGCAAGGAGGGCUUGGGGUCCUCGGAAACGCCCCGGAUGAAACGAUGGUGGGCUGAGAUGAUCGACCAGUAGAUGCUGGUGCUUGCGGGUAUCAGCUUUGAGCCUGUUCCUUUUAGUCAGGUGAGGACGCGGUUACUUGAGAGUAAGGACCGUUGGCAUCAGUAGGACUUUCUGGCUGAGAAAGUUUAAGAGUGUGGGGUAAGAAGAGAACUGGGGUGUAUUAUUAGGUGAGGGUUCUUCUGCGACACAGAACAUUAAGGCAUAACUCACCUAAUGCGAAGUUCCCGUUUCCUUAGUCUGGGUUUGUAAAGCACCGGCUGCGCACCACAGGAUGGCGCAGCGCAAUCCUAAAAGUGUUUACUUAGCAGUUUCCCCCAGAGUAUGACUGGGCUUUGCCCUAGUCAUCGGACAAGCCUCUGCCUGCUUUCUCGUAAGCAAACCCCAUUCGUUCCCUUAGGACUUAACACCUGACAGGUUAGGUUUGAGCCUCAUGUCUUUAGGAAUGUGCCCUUAAUCGAAAUAAAACCUGGUUGAUUUUAAGAGCUGUUCCACAGUGGCUGCCUCCGAGAAGGUGGUAGAUUCUCCUCCUUUACCAGGUUUCAGUAAGAGCGGAUUGGACACUCGAUGCUCUUUCGGGUUCCCGCCAGCUCAGGAUUAAAUGUCAUUACUUCCAACCAGAGCUAAAAGAAGGCUGUACUCCCAAGCAAGUUUACUUGGAAGAAAAUCCCCUAGGCUUCAAUCUUGCUUCUGAGUAAACAUCGAUAGACUGAACUAUAAAUUUGUUUAGUGUAGUAGCGGCGUAUUGGAUUAAGGGCUGGGGAGACACCAAUUCAAAUCCCCACUUAGCCAUGAAGCUUCAUGAGCGACCUUCUUGCUAAUCGCUAUCUUUCAGACUAACCCACCUCGAAGGGUUGUUGUUACAAAAAUGGAGUGGGGAAAAGAAACUAUGCACACUGAGCUCCUGGAAGUUAAGGCAGCAGAGAAAUGUAAGGCAUAAAUAAAAUCCAUGCUUGUUUGAACAAGGAGUAAGCCAGUGGAACUAUUUCCUAGUCACUUGGGGAUCCUGUACACAUUUGCCCGGAAGUCCUGCUGAAAUCAUUAUUGCUUCAUUCCCAGCUAACGUGCGGAGGCUGGGGAUGCAGGAGAGCUUAGGGUAGCAACACUAAGGAAGUACAAGCUUCUGUUUCCAGAGGGGAAGUGAGGACUUCAUGGUCUUGUAGAGGGUGGUUGUCUUUGGAUAGGCAAAGGCUUCUUACUUCACUUCCUCCACAACGUGAUAUGUCAACCCUGCUGCGUUUGAGGGUCCUCCUCCUGCUGAAUGAGACUCUGGACUUCUGCCCCCAAAGUCCUGCCUGAGUGUACCACCGUCUAAUUCCCGCCUCCUCCAGCCAGAAUUUCUGCUGCUACUCCUGUAACAUGGAAGGAGAGGACUUGUAGAUGCUGGCCUCCUGAUCAAAGCAAAUGCAGCCAGAAAUAAGUCCCUGAAAAGCUGGGUGCAGACAGUGGUGCAACAAGUUAAUUUUAUACUCUGGGCUUAAUGUCGUUUUUUUAAAAAGGAGCAUGUGUGUUACUUUAGUUGUGAAGCCCACAAUUAACAGUGAUUUUCUCACCACUACUAUCACCUCCUGGCCAUUCCAUGUUUUACAAUUGCUUCUACAAUCCUAAUAUGUAGGACGGCUUUAUUUAAUUAUUUAUUUUAUUUUAUUUACUGGUCACUUUCUUUUUUACCAAAGUAACUCUAAGUUACUUACAAUACAAAACAAACAAAUACAUUAAAGUCAGGUUAAAAUGAAACAAAAAAAUUCUAAAAGACAAUUCUAUUUUUAAAUAGGUGGAUUUAAACAUCCCACUCAAUCAUGGAAGCCAUGAUAAUGAAAAGCCCCUGGGUGCCUAAACGCUAUGCAAUGAUGGAGCCAGGCAUGCUUCCCUGGGAAGAGAUAUCUAUAUACAGGGAGCCAUUACUGAAGAGUCCUGCUCUUGUAUUGCCACCCUCCAGACCUACAAAGAAGAGCCUCACAUGAUGAUCACAGAGUCUGGGUCAGUUCAUGUGGGGAGAGGUGGUCCUUGAGAUUUGGGGCUCCUGAGCUUUAUACAUCAGAACCAGUGCUUUGAAUUGGGAUCAGAAACUUAACUGGUAACCAGUGCAGUCGAGCCAGGAUUGGUGCAAGGAAAUAAACAACUAUCUGACUUUUAGAAGACAUCUGAAGGCAGCCCUGUUUAGGGAAGUUUUUAAUGACUGAUGUUUUAAUGUAUUUUUAAUAUUUUGUUGGAAGCUGCCCAGAGUGGCUGGGGAAACCCAGCCAGAUGGGUGGGGAAGAAUUAUUAUUAUUAUUAUUAUUAUUAUUAUUAUAUCAUGCGCUCAGGCUAUCUUGCCACAGUGAGCAACCUGGCUGCUGAAUUCUGCACCAGCUGCGGUUUCUAAACUGUCUUCAGAGGCAGCUCCAUGUAUAUGCAUUGCAAUAAUCUAACUGAGAAGUUACCAGAGCGUAGUCAACAGAAAUCAGAAGUUUGCUGGGCCACCAGCCAAAGCUGAUGGAAGGCGCUCUGUGACCCUGAAGCCACUUGAGCCUCAAGUGACAGUGAUGGAACCCAAAGUAGCCCCAAGCUACUGCCUGCUCCUUCAGAGGGAGUGUAACCUCAUCCCAUCCUUCCAGUCUGGGGAACCGUUCACAACCAGUGCCUCAGUCUUAUCUGGAUCCAGUUUAUGGGCUCUCAUCCAGUCCAUUACGAUUUUAAAAAUGGAAAAUAAAAAAAACAAAAGCGUGUGCAUUUAAGCUCACUUUAAAUCACAGCACCACCAUAACCACUGGGAUAAAAUGUGUCUGCUGCCCUGAUGCUAAGCUCAUUCACUUGCAGAAAAGGGCAGUACUGUAUAUUUUUAAAUGAAAUUGGAAUCAGUAACCAUGCCCAUGCACCCUGCAACUCCCUGACUAUAAGUUUUAAAAAGAAGAAGGAAUACUGAUGCCAGUCCUCUUUGAUGUGCCCCCUCGCAAUUCAUCUGUCAAUCCCUGAGUAGAGAGAGCCAGUGUAGUGAAGUGGUUAGAGCAGGCUUCCUCAACCUUGGCCCGCCAGAUGUUUUGAGACUACAAUUUCCAUCAUCCCUGACCACUGGUCCUGCUAGCUAGGGAUCAUGGGAGUUGUAGGCCAAAAACAUCUGGAGGGCCGAGGUUGAGGAAGCCUGGGUUAGAGUGUCAGCCAAGGUCCAGGGAGACAGCUGGUAGAGCAUGUGACUCUUCAUCUCAGGAUCAUGGGUUGGAGCACUACACUUGGCAAAAGAUUCCUGCAUUGCAGGCGGUUGCAUUAGAUGGCUCUUGUGGUCCCUUCCAACUCAACAAUUCUAUGAAAUCUUCACCCAGCUAUAAAGCUAAUCUGGGUGACUUCAGGCCAGUCACUGUCUCUGAGUCUAACCCUACCUCGCAGGGCGGUUGUGAGGAUGAAACGGGGAGGAGGAGAACCACGUAAGCCGCCUUGAGCUCUUUGGAUGUUAGGUGGGGUAUAAAUGUCCUCCUCAUCAUCCUUGUCAUCAUCAGAGGCCUUGCCUGGACUUCGGCCUGAGGUCGAGCUGCGUCACUGGCUGCUGGAGAUGCCCCCGUUAUCCUGGCUGUGAUGCCCAUCACGGACUUAACCAUGCCAGAGGGCUGACCUUCUUUUCUCUCUCUUUCUCUCGCCUUCCCCCUCAGGCCGGAUUUUAGACAUCCCGUGCAAAGUGUGUGGGGACCGCAGCUCCGGCAAGCACUACGGCGUCUAUGCCUGCGACGGCUGCUCCGGGUUUUUCAAGCGAAGCAUCCGAAGGAACCGCACUUACGUCUGCAAAUCUGGGAACCAGGUAUUCACCCCCAGCCUCCUUCCGCCCACUUGCUCUCCGUUCGGGGCCAAAGCCAUUCCUCGCUUUUCUGGGCGGGCCCAACCAGGGGAGGAGCUCGCGAUCUCCAUCCCCCGUUCAGUGGGGCGGGAGGUCGAGGGGGCGGAGUGAAGCCGGCUUCGGAGGCCGAGGAGUCUGGAGUGGCUGGAAGAGGAACAGCGAAGGCACCAUCACGUGGAGGAGACUUAAGCAGAAGGGGUCGGGAGGUUGGCUGCGGAAAGAAGGAGCUUUUUGUAAACCGCCUGGAGUUCCUGUCAGGGGAAAAGGCGGCGUCCAAAUAUUAGACCACUUCAGAAUCCAGGCACAGGUCGGAACGCUCCCCAAUAGAAAAAGAAAAGAACUCCCUUCAAAUAGAAAUCUAGUAUAGCAGGCUGGACUGGAACAUUUCUCCUCGUUUUCUACUUGCAGGAAAUUUUGUUUUUUUCCCCCAGAGGGGCUUUUCAAAGCAGCCUGCAGGAUAUUCGACCAACUUUAGGACCCCGUUUCCACCAUCUAGUUCUGCUGCAACUGUAGACCGGGCCAGAGAACUUUGCUCUCCCGGAACGUUGCAUUGGGUGUUUUCCAUCGCUGCUGCCGAGUCCCUUGUUCCUGGGUGUGCUUGGAAGAUUCCUGGUAAACCAUGGGAUUUCCAACCACCAAGUUUAGGGUGGGGCUGCCAAACUCAGUUGGAACCAAAUUUAAUUAAAACUCGCUUUGCAAGAAACCAAAGAGGAUUUUUGGAGCAUUUAAAUGGCAUAGUUGCAACUUUGGUGGGUUUUUUUGGUGUGGGGGGUGUUUUAAAAAGAAAAUCUCAAAAACAUCCAUAUUUUGAUCUCUCUUUCUCUCUCCACCCCCGCCUUUCCCCCCUCCACAAAAGUUAAACAGCCCUCGAACAAAGGAGAAGGAUUCUUACAAAAUGAAUGGAAGGAUUAGAAGGGAGCUCGGGGGCUCGAGAACAAUCCAAAACUCAUUGUAAAACAAGCUACUUUAAAUACUGAGCAUUUCUUCAUUGCCUCCACUCACAGGCCAGUGAUCAUUUCAGCCUCUAACAGCCACACUCACAUGCCCAUUAUUCCCUGAGAAAAUGGAGCAGAACCAGUGAUUGAUUCCAAAGUAACCGAUUACUGCUGUUGGACAGCAGCAUGUGUACCAGGAAAGGAGCCCUGCUGGAAACCAAAGGGGACUUGCUUCUGAGUAGACAUGCAUGGGAUCCGGGUGCAGAUCUUUUGCAAAACAACUCUUUUCCUCUGCAUGCUUUGGCCACGGGGUGCGGGGAGAAGCCCUCAGAACAGUCAGAUUUGCUUCCGAGUAGAAAGGUGCCUAAGAUUGGGCUGCAAGCCACCAGCCUCUCGGUGCAAAGCUAAAGCAAUGCUGGCAAUUCACUCUGGCUCGCACGCUGGCAGGCGGCUCUCCCCUGCCUUUAACCGAGGUGUGGCAAAUGGAGGUUUAAAUGGGUGCAGCUCGCUUCGAAUUGUGGCGCAGCGGUUGCAUGUACAGAUAAACUCCGGCCAAAAUCCACCGGACCUUGCUUGGCCAGAGGAUUGGAGGGAGUGUAGCUCAGCGGCAGAGCGUCUGCCUCGCCCAUAGAAAAUCCCAGGCGCAAUCCCUGGUGUCUUCAGGAAGGUCCUGCCUGAAACAGGAAAGCAGCUGCCAGGCACUCUGGACAAAGCUAGACGAACCUCUGGUCUGGCACAGUCGAAUGCAACUGCCUCUGUUCCUAUGGCUGUUCUCUUGGGUUGCAAUAGGAGGAAGCCUUGUUUUGAGCCAAGUAAUGCAGGGAUUCCAGUAUAGCAGGGGUGGGGAAGCUCAGCUGGGGCGCUCCAGAUGUUGUUCAGCCUCAGCCAAUAUAGCCAUUACUGGGGGUGGUGGGCAUUAUGGUCCAGGAACAUCUGGAUGGCCACAGGUUCCCCAUCCUUGAAAGAGAGUGCAGUAGGGGAAGUGAUGCUUCGGAGGGCAUUUAAUAAAGGAAAACAGUUUCUUUUGGUGAUCGUUAAGGAGAACAUCAUCGUCUCCAGCUGCCUUGCUCAAAUAAGCUGAGGGGUGCACGAAAGUGGGUUCAGCUUUGAUGGCUUGGAUUAAUGUUCCCAGGCUAAUACAUCUGAUAUUACAGUGAAAUAAUACAGAGGGCAGCUUAGCCUUUCUGGUCCUUUGCUCGAUUUUGAAAGGGAAUGGGGGAACUGAGAAAUCAAAGGGCACAAUCUAGCGAAAGUGAAGCGCCAUUGAUUUCAAUGGGGGAGUAAAGCGCAUGUCUACUGAGAAGUAAGUCCCACUGAGUACCCUUGGUCUUUCUCCUAACUAAGUAGGUAUAAUGAUUGCAGCUUCCAUCUAUCCUACUUAAAGGUGACUUAGCGGCACUUAGCUUUGGUUGGAUCCUGCCCCAAGUUCAUACCAGCUCCCUCCGAGUCUGAACCCUCAGAUUUCAAACACCCACCCACAGCUCAGCAGGUGAUGUAUUCUGCACCCCAAAUCCUAAUCAUAGCGUCCACGCAAUCCUAUAGGACUGCACCCUCAGUCUGUAAAGUCUAUUUAGUAGUCAGGUUCAGCUGAGGUCUGGGCGCCUACGGCUCAACUAAAACCAAAUCUCUAAGGAAAUUUCUCGAAAGAAAGAUGUCCGGAAUUUUUAUUUUGUUUUUCUGGCAGCCACGUUGUUUGACACAGAUAUCCUGCUCUUUACCUUAGGCGGUUAGGUGGAAAUCAGUGGGACCAUUUAUUUAUGACUCUGCGGGAAAAGCAAGGGGCAAGAGACCGAGGAAUACGCGAGAGGAAGAAGAUACCGGUACUUUCUAGGGCGGCAGGUGGGAAGCUGGAGGAUCGUGAUCAAAGGCUCCAAGUGCCAGGGAGCUGUCCCGGGUGCUGAAGUCCAUAUAGAGAUUUUAGAACGCCCCUUUAAUGCUUAUUCUUCCCCAGGGAAUUUUCAUAGAGCCCUGGGAGGGCAUCAUUCUUCUUUUUCUGGCAAUCAUCCAGCACAGGUUCUAAAAGAAGUGAGAGUGGCAGAAGGGAGAAAGGGUCUACACAUCUUAGUAGGAUCCCCAGACACCUUCCUGUUUCAGAAUUUCCUUACUGAGACUCACGUUUUGUCCCCCUUUUCAGAAAUAUGUCUCUGUUUUUUAGGGAGGCUGCCCAGUGGACAAGACGCAUAGGAAUCAAUGCAGGGCAUGUCGGCUGAAGAAAUGCUUGGAAGUCAACAUGAACAAAGACGGUACUUGUGCAUCCUUCCUCCUCCACCACCACCCCUCAAAAAAUACCCAGAGAGAAAUGGAUAGCAAACAUAUCACGGGCUUGUGAAAACUAUUGUCCAGAGAAUGGAUCUGUUCUUAGGGUUCCUAUCAAUAUUGACAGUCUCCCAAAAUUCUCUUCCUGUGACCUGUCCUGAGUAACUUUCUUUUCACUUUAGAAAGCUAAACCUCUUAAUCUGCCUAUAUUUAUGGCUUGCAAGUAACUGUCCACAAUCAGACCCUUUUGAAAUACAACUACUGACAAGGAAAAUGAUUGCUAUCUUAAAUGACACUUUAAAGGCUGCAAUCCUAUGCAAUCUUGCCUGGGAGUGAGAAUCACCGAACUCAGUGAGACUUAUUUCCAAGCAGACAUGCAUGGAAAGACUGCAUACAAAUAAAAAAUGAAGAGCUCCCAGGUAUGUCAGUCAGGUACGGUCAGUAGGACCGUAUAUCAGGAAAUGGACCCAAGAACCUCAAACAAAAGCUGUUAAAUGUCUACACUGACAGGGUCCCAGAAUUCUGAUCAGUCAUCCUUCCAGCAGGGCACAAUUUCAACUUAUCCUGGCUGAUAAAGCAAAUCCAGCUGCCCCAUCAAGCAAGUGAUUGCUGCUCACAGGGUAUGUGUGUGCAAGUGCAGGUUUGCCUUGGAUGCUUCUACCUGCAGUCCAAAGAUCUGCCUUUCCAAUGCGCAUAUUGGUUAUAGAUGCCACUGCACAUAGGAGAGCCAACAUCUUAAUCAGUGAUAGGGAGCCUUUGGAUCUCCAGAUGUUAUUGGACUAGAAAUCCUAUCAGCCCUGACAGCUGGCCAUUCUACUGGGAACUGAAGCCCAAAGAUAUUUGGAAGGUCCCGGGUUUCCCAUGCCUGAUGAGAGUGAGUGGGUGUAGGUUGGCAGGGACAAUAUGCACCUGUGCAUCUAGAGGAGCAUCAUCUAACUGAUAUUACAUUAUUGCUGCAUUAGUGUUGAUCAGGUUUGGGUUACCUUUGGCCUUCUAGAUGUUGCUGAAUUACAGCUCCCAUCAUCCCUGGCCAUUGGCCAUGCUUCCUGGGGCUGAUGCAAGUUGCAGUUCAGCAAGCUGUGGACGGCCAAAUGUUCCCCACUGCUGGUAGAUGAAAGUACAUAUCUUCAUUUCCAUGAAGUUGUCCUGGUAAUCAAACACUUCUUUUCUCCACGCUCUAAAAUGAGGCUAGGAUGCUUUACUUUUCCCUGUGUCAGGCAAUUAAUUUGAAUUAGAGCUACAAAAAUAAGAGAUUCUCUGCUGCUCAUAUCUAAGUUACAAUAAUCAAUAUAUAUUUGAAUACUGACUACGCGAAAAGAAAAGCUGUCCAUUUUUUUGUGAUAUUCCUGUUGUGGUUGUGGUUGUCUAUAUUGGAAUUAUGUUCAUUUACCUUGAAUACUAGAGAGGCUGCUUAAUUUGUCAGUUAUUCAGUUUUGUAAGCAGCAAGUGUUUGUCUCUUUAUGCUUUUUAUGUUUCAUGUGAUCACUGAAUAUUUGAAUCCUCCCUUAGUCAUAAUUUAAAAUAGUUCCAUAUCAUUGGGGAUUUGACGCUGAAUAUUUGAUCAGUUAGUUCACAUUACUAGAUGAAAUUCAGCUCCUACCCUAAAACAAACUCUUUAUUCCUGCUGCCCCCUCAUUCCACAUCUUUAAUUCUCUAAAGAUCCCUUGCCUAACACAUUAUUUCUUUCCCUCAACAUAGAAUUGCUGUAUGAGUUUCACUUUCCUCACAGAAGUUAUACCAUGUAUUCAAUUGCUCUUCACUCUCAAGAAUUAGAACAUAUAUGAGCAUGUCAUGACAUCACAGCAAGUCAACAAAUAGUGAAGCAGUGCUUGAAUAUAGCAAACAACCACCAGAGUUUAGCAUCUUUAUAUAUGAUUAGAGAUGUAUCGCACAGCAAGUUAAUCCCAUUAGAAGUUUUCAGUGGGCUUCGAAAAUAUUUUUUUUUUCAAAUUCCAAGUAGCAUGCUAAUGCAGGUUUUUAUUCCCAGCUGUUCAACAUGAAAGGGGACCAAGAACUUCCACAAUAAGGAAACAAGUCGCUCUGUAUUUCAGAGGACACAAGGAGGAUAAUGGAGCCACGCCACAUUUCCCCUCUGCAGCCCUACCUGCCCCAGCUUUCUUCACUGCUGUUACUCAGCUGGAACCUCACAAUCUAGAACUGGCUGCAGUUUCUACAACAUCUGAAAGGCAGACCUUGGUGGGUCUGGCUCAACCAACUCCAAAGGUCAGCUCCUUCUCCUUCUUGAUUCAGGGGAAAUGCAUCAUUAUCCUGAGAGACUUUAGAAAAAGAAACCAGACCUUGCGAUAGUGGUAUGGAAUGAGGCCUCCUCAAUCUGAUUCCUCUUCAUUUUGCUUGUGCAGCAAUUACUUCCUGGUAAAUUAAUGAUGCUAUAUUUGUGAAAGCAAGACUUUUGCACAAUGCAUUGGAGUAAAAAUGAAGGAAGUCUCAGUGGUGUUUACUUCCUCAGAAGCCUCUUCAGGAUUGCGGCCUAAAUCAAUAGUAAAUUAUUUACCGUAUGUCUUAAAAUAUUAUGCAUAUUGCAAAGUUACAUGAUUGACAUGUCUGGUGUACCAUGUGGGAGUAAAUUGGUCAAGCCAUAUGAACCAUACUGCAUAUUGGUUCCUUUUCAAUGCUAGCAGUUAUCCUGGUAGGUGUUCCAAACUGCCAGAUAGUUCCAAAGUCAUCAGAAUGCCUUUAGGAUGGAGCACAGAUGGGUGGUCUUCAUUCUUACUACUUAUUCAUUUACUGUAUUUAAUUAAAGUAUUUAUACGCCACCCUCUCACAAAAGAUCAGGGUGGUGUACAGCAAUGUAAAAACCUUUAAAAGCAAUAUGAACCUAUCAUUAAAAUUGUUAAACCAUACGAUUGUCAUGCUCAAUUUCCACCCAUUAAUGUAAGGAGGAAUAGUUUCACAUGAUGGCACGGCUGCAAACUUGUUGCUAGAGGCUCCAGCCCAAGCAUAGGGCGUGGAAUUCAAGGUACCACAAGGUACCACUAUUACAAACGUUCCAACUGUGCAAGCUUGCAAGAGAAAAUCCAACCACUACCCCCCUGUGUGCUAUUCUGGGGGUUUUCCUGACCCUGCGGGAACCAAUUUCCUGGGGCACCUGGAGGAGGAGAGGGGGGAAAGUCCCACCUUCUUGCCAAGUUAAAUCAACAUCUCUCACAAACUGAGUCAGGACUGAGAACCAAGAUAGAUGAGAUGCCGAUUAGGUGGUUUUUUUGGGGGGGGGACAUAAAUGGGGGGACAAUCUGUAAUGGGACCAAGGGCAGGGCAGGGGCUAGGGGGGGCUUAAAUCUUUUGCCUCUUGCUGUAGUCCCAAUCUGAAUCAGCCCCCAACACUAUUGGCUGGGAUUUAAAAAAAUUAUUUGCUGCCUGCCAUGUGAGCAUUUCAAGGUGCUACAUAUCACAAAACAUUUCAAGAUGCUGUAUAUCAUAACGUAUACAGUUGCAUUUAGAAUCAAGUUCAAUCAAGCUGUCAGUGGAAUGCUUAAAAUUCAUCAGAUAGCAAAGACCGUGAUGAACAAAAACAUUUUACCUUGCGGUAAAAAUGUUUCAGUCAGUGAGUGCCUUAUGUCUGAGUGAGACAUUUAUUCUCUUGCAUUUAUAUUCCACCUCUCUCCUUGUCAUGGAAUGCAAGCGGUUGUCAGGUGCUCCCCAAUCCAGGCGCCCAUGAGACCCAGAUCUGCUCAGCUUCACCAAGAUGGUGGCCCCAUGUGCCUUCAUGGGAAGCAUUAUAAGACAUCCGGCAAACCUGAAUUACCUUGCUUUGAGAAACAGAGUUUUACAAAUAUGUCAGGAUGUCCCAGUUUUAUUCUGACCAGUUUUAAACUGCUGCAGUAUUGACAGUGGAAUCCAAAUAUUGGAAGUACUCACAUAAUACUUAUUACUGAAGUAUAAGCAUAGUGAUGGUUACGGACAUUUCCCUCAAACACCGUAAUGUUUUCCCCCUGUAAUCCAUAACUGCCCAUUUUGGCCCAAAUUCAUCUCUGAGGUCUGGACUACAUAUGCAGCAGAAUAAGAGAAGGGGUGCAUUUUUGAAUGCUUCACCACAUAAGAAAAAUAAAUCCCCUUGCAAGAGGAAAAUGAGCACAUCAGGGACAGAAAAUCCAGCAUGGUCCUUCCUCUGACUGUGCUAGUUUUUUACUUACAGGGAGAAUGUUAUGUCAGGAAGCAUUUUAAAACACCCUUCACCUAUAGUCUGGAAUGGUAAAGUAUAUUCUACUAAAACUUCAUUCUGUUGCAUGUGUAGAUUUAGUCUGAGCAUCAACCUUCCUAAAUACAGGACCCACUUACUAUGCAUGAAGUGUGAAAGGCAGGAUGUGGUGCCAUUUAAGCACAUAUUCAGUUCUUCAGUUUGACUUUUAAUUGUGUAUUGCCUUGAUACUUGUCCAAAUCAAACAAAAUAUUUACCACUCACCCUACCAAAACUGAGUAUCUAUGUAAAUCAGCUUGGGGGGGCAUAUCUUAAGGUAGUUGGUUAAGCCAGUGGUUCCUAAAAUCUCACCCUACCAUUUUUCUUCUUUCUUUUGUUUUGCUGAUACCCUCCUUUGUAAGACCCACAUUCAAUAAUCAAGUACUUAAUUAAAUAAGCAGCUCUUUGUCAAACAUAAGCUCCUGCCUAUUACCUUCUGAAAUAUUUUUCAUGCAAUCUUUUAAUUUUAGUACCCACACGAAGUCAGUGGCACUCCCAUGUAUCUCUACGAAGUGGCUACUGAAUCUGUUUGUGAGUCUGCGGCAAGGCUUCUCUUCAUGAGCAUCAAAUGGGCUAAAAGUGUCCCUGCUUUUUCUACUCUAUCAUUACAAGAUCAGGUAAGAUUUAUAUAGAACUGGGGACGGGGGGAGGAAAUGACAACAUUUCUCUUAAGCAGAUUGCUCAGUAUUGAUUUAGGCCAUGUGAUUAUCAGUGCUGUUUUUAGCCAAGUGAUGGAUUAAAACAUAUACUUCAUCCAGUAUAUAUCCAGUAUAAUUUAAAAGGUUCCUUUCCAGUUGCCUUCUAUCAUAGUAUGAGUCUUGGCUUACUUAAUUAUAGAAGAUGAGCCUGCUGGAUCAGGCCAGCAGCCCAUCUAGUCCACCAUCCUGUUCUCACAGUGGCCAACUGGAUGCCUGUGAGACACCGGCAAGCAGAACCUAAGCAGAAUAGCACCAUCCGCUGCUGCUGCUGCGGUCUCCAGCAACCAGUAUUCAGAAGCAUAAUGCCUCUGACAGUGGAGGCUGAGCAAAACCAUUGUGGUUAGUAGCUUCACCUUCAUGAAUUGCUUGAGUCACCUGCAGCUGAUUGCAGAGCAAAACCCCUUCUGCAGAGCACCUGCUCUUUCUUUGUAGCACACCAUGUACUGCAGUGAGUUGCUUGGUUGGAGUUUGUGGUUAAUAUUCCUGGCUUUUAGUAGGGAAUUAGACUGGAUUUAUUUGUAAAGGGUUAGGUGGGUACAACAUUCAGAACAAUGGAGGGGGGGAAUAGUCAAAGUCAUAGCAUAACUGAAAACAAAGGCAAUCAUUAUCACGAAAGGUUACCAAACACAGUUAUAAGUCCCUGCCAAUGUCACUUGCCUAUUCUCUACAGUUUUAUGUGGGGGGGCAAGUCUUGGCAAGCCUCCAUGGAAGGUGAAAGAGAUCCACAAUGGUGGGGACCAUCAAAGAGAAAGCCUCGCUUAGGGUUGCCAGAUGUCUGGAACUUCCCAGACAUAUACAGAAUCAGCAGCAGUGUCUGGGUGAAAAUCGGUAAAAUGUCCAGGAAAAUCCAGACGUACAGCAGCCCAUGUUGGCAGCUCAAAAAUGGCAUUUUAUUUUUUGCAGUUUUGCCAAAACUAUAAAAAAAGGUCAACAACUUUUCUGUCCAGAUAUUCACUGAAAUAUGGCAACCCUAGUCUUGCUUCAUGUCUUAGUUCAGGGGUGUUCAGGCAGACGGCAGACGUGUUGCUUUUUAAAAUCUUCAAGAAGCCCAUAAGAGUUAAUCAAACUGAUUGUUUGGGUAAUGCUUGCAGUUUAUUGAUGUUAGCACAUUCCAUCGCCACCCCAAAACCAACUUGGUUGGCAGAAACUCGCACAUGAUCCCUUGCAGGAAGGUUUGGGGCCUCCAGCAGAUGGCCAACUCAAUGGGGAUUGCAUGAAGGUGUCAUUUUUUUAUUUAUUUCUUUGAGAUGAUUCCUCCAGGUGGGGGUAUGCAGGACUGCUGAGAUUUGCAUACUAAAGGUGGCUCCAAAAAGAGCAUCUGGAAAUGCAGAAACCAUGUUAGCAACAUAUAUGCCUCCACAUGGAGCUAACAUUUAAUACAACUGACUUUUCCGUGUGAUCUGUUGGAGCAAGAGUUCAGUGGUGCCCUGUGCACUCAAGGCAGACUAUAUGUGUUGGAGCCCCUAAGCAUCUGAACUGUGGUGGUGUUACACUCAUGCACUGUUGAAAUCAGUGGGACUCUAGUUAGUCAUGUGCCUCCCUUCUCCCUCUGAUGUCAACAGAACUUAGGCUUGCAUCAGGGCUUCAGCUACCUUGAUUCAGAUUGGUAUAGGAGUGGACUAUGUUUCUCAAAGCCAGUGGUUCCCAAUUGGUGGUCCAAGGACCCAAGGGGGGCCAUGUAACCCACCCAGGGGGGUCCAUGGCACAAUUCACAUAACAAACACUACCAGAGAUUUCAAAAGUAGGGGGUCCAUCGCUUGGCUUUUGAAAAACAGGGGGUCCACGGUACUUAGCUAGUUUAUAUUUUUUUGAUAGCCAUAUUCCCCCUCCCUAAACCCCCCAAAACCUGACUUGUUUUAAACAAUGUCAACUUAAAUUGAAUGUGAGCAAUAAGAGCAUUAGCAAUCCUAACUCCCGUUGAAUUAAAAUGGUGCUUACCUUAAAGCAAGCAAUCAUCUCUCUGUUUCUUCCUGCCUUAUGGAAAAGAUUACAUAUUCCCCUAAUUAAAUUAGUUGCAAUACCCCAUCCUCCACAUUCUCCCUUCCAGUGCAAAUGCCCUGCCACCAGCAUGGGUGACUUCUAAUUAAGGCAAGGCUUCGUUUGCUUUACCACAGAACUUUCUCCAAAGAACAUACUAAUUGAGGAACUGAGACCUAGAAAAGUAAAGGGGGAAGAAACAUUCUCAGAAAUGAGAGUCUCAUCAAUAGACAAGGAAUGGCUUAGUGCAGAUUAAAGUGAUCACUGAACAGAUCUCUGUAAAAUAGGCCUAUUAUCCAUGUCAGGAAUCAGAUUAUCCUGUCAUUUUAAAUGAACUGGCUGCAUAUCUAACAUUCAAAAUUAAAGGCAAGUUGCAUGAAUUGUUACAUGAAAUUAAUCCCUCUUUUAAAGCCCAAGGAUUUCAUUAACUGCACCAUUAUCCUCUCUGGGCUUUAUAGACCAGACUGUGAGUUGCAAAGUUUUGGCUUACCCAAAAUUCUGAACUGUGGAUUUUUGUUUAGACAUUUUUCUUCUGCUGUCCUCCCACUUACAUCAAAUGCAAGUCAUAGGUCCAAAAAUCAUGGUCAGUAAUGAAGGAGACAGAAAACAAAGAAGCUGUUCCUUAUACUUAAAUUAUUCUGUUGUUUAUAACUUAGUCAUUUGCACCUUAACUUGAGAACAGCAAAGGCUUUACCUGCCUACUGCACACCUCCUAUUAUCGUAGAUGCUGCACUCAGCUAUGGGGGAAGAUGUUGUGGCAUCUUCAGUGCCAAAGUAAGAUUCAGCUGCCUGUCCAAUUGGAUUCUGUAUGUGGAACAGGAAUGCAGUGUCUGUCUUCUCCUUUGCCCCAGACAGCAAAAUAUUUUGGGCCAGCAGAGUGACUGGUCCUCAAAACACUGGAGAUCGACUUUGUCAAUAUGGGAAGGUUGUCAAAUGUUGAGUCCCAAGGAGCUAUCAGGAAUCUCAAAGUCAGAUAGGAAGGUCACCUCUGGAUAAUUUUGCCUCCCCAAGGCUGGGAAACUUGUGAGUUUUGGCCUUCUCCUGACCAGUGGAGAAUGGGGUGGGGCUUCAUACACAGCUGAGCAGCUUUGUAGCAGGUUAGCCAACAUUACCACCACCUGGUGGCUGAAUACCAUCAUUAUCCAUAGAAGUGGUUGUCAGUGAAACCAUAGUAGGGUUGCCAUAUUUCAGAAAGUGAAAAUGUGGACACAAAAAUAAAGUUACCAGAUUCUUUCCAGUGAAUCCGGGGACACUUUUCAACUUCCUACUAAAUAGAUGGAUUUGGUCAGGGGACUGAUUUCUAAAUCCAGGGACUGUCCCCGGGAAACGGGGACAUCUGGUAACCUUACACAAAAGUUGUUGUGUGCCGGCAUGGGCUGCCAUACAUCUGGAUUUUCCUGGAAAUUUCAGCGGUUUCCCGACCGGAUGCUGCUUAAGGGGGGCUUAUGUCCAGGAAAUUCCAGACAGCCCUAUUGUACAGUAGGGAGAACAGCACCAAGGAAUGCAGGAGGCCCAAUUAAUUACAAUGUCUUCUGGUCCCUUUUGUCCAGUAUUUGACAAGCUUUGUGUGGAGCUAUACUGACAAAAGACUUGUGUAACACCAGCGCUACCUGUGCAAUCCACGCAACUGCUUUAGCCCAAUGGACCAGGCCUGUCCUGGAGAGAGAAGAAGGUACCUGGAACCACAUGCGGCUACCUAAACAAACCCAAGGAGAAAUGAUUAUCUGCAAACUCUAUACAAAUUAUAAUAAAACUUGUAUGGUAGUCAUUUGCUUCCCUAACCAGAUCAAUUUAUUACAUUACAUUGGGACAAAUGACUAUAAGAAGGUUGCAAAAACAAAGAGGAUGCUUGAUUGUGGAAGUCAAAUUCAGUCUGAAAAAUAGGUGUGUCUCCUCCUCACCCCCCAAUAUUUUCAGUGAUGGAAGAAAGAAAAUAGCCUGGAUGGACAAUGUUCAUUUUAUAUAAAGAGUAGUGCUUUUGUGCAACUUUCACAUGUGGAAUGCAAGAAGAGCUUCAUGUAUUUAUGGUUUUAUGCAGUACCUUACAGCUGAAGCCAUACCUUUCAAGCAGCACCCCAGCAUUAAAUAGGUGGCAUUUUAUAAUAUCCAUGGAUGCUCUUAAUCAAGAUGAGAAAGCGAGAACUAAAAUGUCCCCGGCAGGAGUGGGGAUGGGAGAAAACAGCGCAGGCAUUUUAAAGCCAUUUCUAAAACAACAGAAAUUUACAUAGUGAAAUUGUUUAUCAAUCUAUAAAUUAUACACCAUGUUAUAUCGUACCUCUAUUGUAUGACAGCUGAUGCUUUUGGAAGAUGCUUGGAGGGAACUGUUUGUUCUAGGAAUAGCACAAUGGGCCAUUCCAGUUGAUGCUAACACUCUACUGGCUGUAUCUGGUAAGAAUUGCACAAUUUAAUGACUUUGUUAUAGAAAUUACCAUAAAAAUACAUUACUGAAAAAAAGGACAACAUGUAAAGAAUAACAAAUCCCUUCUGAACAAUAGAGUAUACCUGUCAUUUAUAAAUCUAUAUUUAAAUGCAAAUAAUGUUGUUUUGUUGCAUUCACGACUGCUUGCAUUGUCAUUUAAAUGCAAAUUACUGUGUUUGUUAUCAUCCAACAGAAGAUUUCAUACUAACUUUCCUACAUUAUAGUUAGUUUUGUGUUGAAGCGGAUCUCAAUGUAACAAUGGAAUAGCUAUUGAUACAUGUGAUUUUUAUUUUUAUUUUUUGCAGAAAUCAAUCCAUAAAAUACAUUCAGAUGACCUAUUAGUGUAUUUAUUUCACAUGUUUGUGUUCCAGGAAUGAAUGGAGACAACACAGAUUCUCAAAAGCUGAAUAAGAUUAUCUCAGAAAUACAGGCUUUACAAGAGGUUGUGGCUAGAUUUAGACAGCUUCGGUUAGAUGCUACAGAAUUUGCCUGUCUCAAAUGCAUCGUCACUUUUAAAGCUGGUAAGGGGAAUAUAAAAAUAGCCUUUUGGGCAUCUAUCAGUAGGCUGUGCAGUGGCCAAGUAUCCUACCUCCAAUAGCAGAUUACAACGAACAUCACAGAUUAAUGAUGUGGGCUGAAGUGCAGAGCCACUUCUCAACUGGGACACCCAGAAAAUUCCAAUAUAAAAUGAGUACCAAUCCUUGUUCCUUGAGAUGGGCUCUUCUAAAAUUCCAUGGAUUACAGGGGGCUUUUUCAGGAAAGCAAUUGUCUUCUCAGUUGCUGAAGAAUUUAGCAUAUUGGUAUCUUGAUGAGUCUGAGCAAUUUUGUAUUGCAGAGACUACUGGGGGCAGACCUAUAAAACCCUCAAUAGCUUGGGUCCAUCAUACUUAAGAGUCAUGUCUCCCUUUUCAUCCUAUUGUGAACUUUAUGAUUGACCAAGACUGGCCAUCUAAAUGCUGCCUUCCACACACCAUAUUUGGUGAGAAUAAACGUUCGAAGAUGGAUUCCGGUAUAUUCUCAGCCCUUUAAUGUUCACCAAGGCCCAAGCCUGAGUAUCUUGUCAAAGGAAGUCCGCAAGGUUUUUAUUUGGUUGGCCAUUGGAGGUUGAAAUGAAAACAAGUAACAGUGUUGGUCUCAUCUGUUUAAUGCUGCUAACUGAAAAUGUGACACUGCUUUACACUUAUUAAAAUUUGCGGGAGCUUUCAGGGUGGGACACAUGUUGACAAACUGAAAUUCUAGAAUGCCAUAAGCAGUGAAAUGGAAUCACCAAGAUGUGCCUUCAUGCUUGUAGGUGGUGCUAUGGAGUUAAGUGGUGAAGUGUAACAUUAGUUGGCAUCGAGUUAAUAUUGACUGUUCUGAUUAAUAAGUGAAGAGUGGUCAAUCUGCUUUUCAGUACCUACGCAUAGCGGUUCUGAACUCAGAAGUUUUAGAAAUGCUGCAGCCAUUGCAGCUCUUCAAGAUGAAGCUCAGCUCACCCUGAACAGCUACAUUCAUACUAGGUGAGGACACUAGAUUUGAAUACAUUUUUUUUUCCAAGCUCUUAAUUUGCUGUACCUGCAGUAAGUUUAUUCAUCCCAGGCAAAUAAUUCAGAUGAAAGGGGAAAGAGAAAUAAAGGGCGUAAUGUUUAAUGAGAAUUUAAAACAACAACAGCACAGAAAGCUUCUCUCUCUUCACAAUCAGAUUUCAGUUGUACCUUGGAUCCCAAACGCCUUGCAAGCCAAACAUUUUGGCUCCCGAUCGCCACAAACCCAGAAGUGACUGUUCCGGUCUGCAAACUAUUUUGGAAGCCGAAUGUCCAAUGGGGCUUCCGCGGCUUCUGAUUGGCUGCAAGAGCUUCCUGCAGCCAAUCUGAAGCCACGCUUUGGUUUCCGAACGUUUUAGAAGUCGAACGGACUUCCGGAACGGAUUCUGUUCGACUUGCAAGGUACAACUGUAUUAGCAUUUUUAAGACACUUUGCUUCUGUGAAGUGGCUUUUAAUCUGUUGUGUAAAUGAGAGCUGGCUUUAGCCUGGAAUUUCAACCUUGUUGAGUUUUGGAAUGCUUUCAUGGGUGAAAAUUCAUAUUUUUAGAAUUUUGACUAAUUUUUUUGUGGUGGGGGGGAGCAUGUUACAUCAUCAAAGUGUAGAAUCAAGCUACAGUUCUGCAGGUAACCAAUCCCACUGAUUUCAAAUGGGAGGACCUCAUGGCUGUGCAGAGAUCUGAGCCAGUCCAGCAUUCACUCCAUCCACUAUACCAGCAGUGGGCAGCAGAUAAAUUGAAAUCUACUGGAAGAUCUCUGGGAUUUGUAGUAGGUUGGCAAGGGUUUCCAAUUCCCGAUUUUCUGAUAGCAAAAAAGCCCUCCUCUCAUUAGUCUGCUGAAACAAAGAAGGGGGACAGAAUACUGGAAUGGCAUUGUGGGCAGAAAAGACUGGGAAGCAGUUCUGGUACUGCAAAUUUCUGGGCUGAUCGUGUGUUCAGAGGUGCCCAUAAGUGUAAUUCUAAUGUGUAUCUAUCCCAUGAGUUACUAUUGUGUACAUUAGUCUGAUUGAUUUCUAGUAAAAAAAAAAAAAGUAGAUUCUACAAGCCUGAAGUCUGUCCACCUUUGAACUUUACCACAUUCAGAUUUCUUAAAGUAUACUAUUUUGUUGACAUUUUGAUUGUUGGCUUUCACAAAGGCAAUCAACAGCAUAAAAAAUAUUAUGAGUGUUAUUUAUAUCCAUAGCAGUAACUCUCAUGCUUGCCUUCCAGGUACCCCACACAGCCCUGUCGCUUCGGGAAACUCUUGUUGCUUUUGCCAGCUUUACGUUCGAUUAGUCCCUCCACAAUAGAAGAAGUAUUUUUCAAAAAAACCAUUGGGAAUGUGCCAAUCACAAGACUGCUUUCAGAUAUGUACAAAUCCAGUGACAUCUAGACUGACCUGGGGGGGAGCAAAUGAGAAUGAUCAGGGUCACCAUUUCUGAAGAACUUCUUGAUCAAUGGAGAGCAAGCCUCAGCUAACAAACUCUACAAGAAGCUGGAGCCUGG